UUAAAAUACUUUCAUUGGAUGACAAUAAUUUCACAACUAUAGUUUUUUUGUUUUGCGGGACCGUAUUUGAUGUAACACCCAGUAGGAAACAGCGACGGGUGUCACCUUAUAAACAGUCCGUCACCGGUGAGUUCAGCAUGGAGGGUAAAAUGAGCAGAGGCAGAGGCGGCGGCUGGAGAAGAGGUGGACGCGAAGGCCAAGACGGGGUUCAAGGUGAUCACCGAGGCCCGGGAAGAGGAAGAGGAGGACGAGGAGGCUCCCACCGCGGCCGGGGGAAACGGGACCAUCACCGGGGUCGCGGUCGCGCGGGAAGCGCUUCCGUAGAGGGCUUUCCUUCAGCGGACCAGGAUGACGACUUUGAUCCGGAGGAGGAGCAACAGGAAGUGUUCUCCAGGAGGAAGCUGGAGUCCAACUGGGAUCGCUAUGAGGAGUCGGAGAGGGCGGAGCAGGUGGAGGACACGCCCACCCGCAGAGGGGAGGAUUAUCACGUGCUGCUGGAGUCAGCAGGUGAUUCCUUCACUCACUUCAGGUUCUCAGAGGAAAAGGACUGGGAGAUGGACGCCAUCACAGCCGCUCAGAUGUUGGUGGUGUCGGUGGACCUUUCAGCGCUCGCUCAAACCCUUCAGGAAGUUCCUGUCAACCAGAGACUCAACCUGGAGGCGGAGCUGCUGGAGGUCUCGACUCCUGCGGAGCUUCCUGCUGCCGUCACUCCCAAACAGGAAGUACCAAAAGCCUCCAAGUUUCCUCCCCCCUCCAAGAUGGUCAGCAGCCCCGCCCCUAGUGCACCACCCGUGGCUCCAGCGGUGAAGGCGUCCCCCCUCAGGCCCGCUGUGUCUGAACCUGCGAUGGACGACGGAGAUGAGGAGCUGGACCAGCUGCUCAGCUUACAGAAACCUGACAGCCAAUCAGUCGGCGCCGUGGAGAAGGAGCAGAUUCCUGUCACAGUGAUGGAGGCAGGGCUGGAGGAGAGGAGUGGAGACGCCAGCCCUGUGAAGUCUGCGCCAGUCAGGCAGGAGAUGUCUGAGGAGGACCUGGAGGAUUGGCUGGACAGCAUGAUCUCCUGACGGGGAUAGGUAUUCGUUGGACUCGACCUUUCUCUGGCUCUCGAGAAUGGAAGAUGGGUUACUUUGUGGCAGUCGUCUCCUCGUCGUUUCCCCUAGCGUUCCUGAGGAAACUGAGCAGGACAGAACGUCCCGGACGUUUGCAAAAACGUGUCAAAAUGUCCCCCGACACGUCGAGAGGAAGUGUCUGUUCCCAUCCGCCGCCACGCUCAGACAGGCCACAGGUUUGCUUUACUGCAACUUUAUUAAGUUCCUCUGCUCACCAAAAUAAAUGCAGUUUCCCACAGCGGCUACAAACAGCCAAUAAACCGCCGAACCCAACUGCAUUAUGGGAGUUUACACAGUCUGAGGACAAAAACGAAGCAACAUUUACAUGAAGAGUUUUAUACAACAAAUGAUGAUUUUUAUUGAAAACCAGCGAGAUGUAAAUCUGCUUGUGAUCGGGUUGUGUGGAGGAACAGAAGAACCAUUAACGUUUGCAUAGUUAGUCUUUUUUUAAAGGCACGUCGGCACUGAAACACCUAAAGUGGGUCGUCUGCGGUUCUGACAGGACCGCCGUGGAUCGUCUCAGCUCAGGAACGUUGUGCAUGUUCACACAUUCACUCUCCACGCGGUGUCGCAUGGAUCUGACUCGAGAAAUAAAGGCGGUUAAAACCUU